CCAGGUGAUGUGAGUCACUGGGACGAGGAGCUGUAUCCCCUAGCUUUUUGGGGGCUGAGUCAGGGAGAUGAGGGCUUGCCUAUGUGGUCAGCAACUGGCAGCAGGGCUGUGGAUAGCUCCUCGUUCAAGAGGCAUCAUGCUUACAGACCAGUGGUGAAGCAAUGCUGGAAAAUGUGAGGAAAGUGGGGCUCGUUAUCUCUCUGAGCUGCAGACAGGAGAUGGAAUGCAGGAGUAGAGAGAUCUUACCGCCCGAAGAUGUCAAGACGCAGCAGCCGACUGCAGGCCAAGCAGCAGCAACAGCUGCCCCUGUCAUGUCAAGAAGAGACUCCACGUGAGCUGCAGGCACCAGAGCAUCUCCAGACCAGAAAAAGGAGAACGGCAGAGCAGGAGAUUAAGAAGAAAGAAGAUGGGAAAGUUGCUAAAAAACAUCAAUAUGAAAUUAAGAGUUGUUGGCCGCCCGCAAUAACAGGAGGCAUCUCACCUUGCAUCAUCAUUGAAACGCCUCACAAAGAAUCAGUAACCACUGACUUCUCAAGGUUCAAAAAAUACAGGUUCAGAAACCUCUUCAUAAAUCCAUCACCUUUGCCUGAACUCACCUGGGGGAAUUCCAAAGAUGUGUGGCUCAACAUCCUGAAGAAGGAGAACCGAUAUGCUCACUGCAAACACUUCACUUCGCUACACUCAAGUUUGCAGCCACACAUGAGGUCGAUACUGUUGGACUGGCUUCUAGAGGUAUGUGAGGUGUAUGCACUCCACAGGGAAACCUUCUACCUAGCUCAAGACUUCUUUGACAGAUUCAUGUUGACACAGAAUAACAUUAACAAGAGCAUGCUUCAGCUGAUAGGAAUUACCUCAUUGUUCAUUGCCUCCAAACUUGAGGAAAUCUACGCUCCAAAAAUACAGGAAUUUGCUUAUGUCACUGAUGGUGCUUGCAGUGAAGAUGAUAUUGUGAGAAUGGAACUUAUUAUGUUAAAGGCUUUAAAGUGGGAACUCUGUCCUGUGACAAUCAUCUCCUGGCUGAACCUCUAUCUUCAAGUGGAUGCUCUGAAGGAUGUUCCAAAAGUGCUUCUACCUCAGUAUUCUCAGGAAAAAUUCAUUCAGAUAGCUCAGCUCUUAGACCUGUGUAUUUUGGACGUGAAUUCUUUAGACUUCCAGUACAGAACACUAGCUGCUGCUGCACUCUGCCACUAUACCUCAACUGAAGUAGUGAAGAAAGCUUCAGGCUUAGAUUGGGACAGCAUUUCAGAAUGUGUAGAGUGGAUGGUUCCAUUUGUGAACGUGGCAAGGAAAGUCUCUGUGAAACUGAAGCAUUUCAAGAAGGUUGCAGUAGAAGACUGCCACAAUAUUCAAACACACACAAACUACUUGGACAUGCUGGAAGAAGUUAAUAGUGGAGUAGCAGCUACUGCCCCAGGUCAGUUAUCACCUGUAUCAACAGCAGGAAUAAUAACUCCUCCCAAGAGCACAGAGAAGAAAUGAAAUUUGGACAGCA